GGAUGCGUGACUCGAGUGUUACUGAGAAUACAAUUACGAUCGCCUUUGCGACCGAACCCAGACAUAACAUGGCGCAGUUGGUAUUACCUUCGUGUUUUCACACCUUCUAGAAUUCUUUUUUAGUGCAACUUUUGUGUUAUCGCGUGUGGGGAAAACUAUCUUUGUGUCGCUGGUGUGUACGGGCCCCACGAGUCGUCGGCGGCCAUUACGGCGUCCCACGCUUUGCCCCACCAUCUCUCUCGACUAAACGUUCUCUGGUGAGCACUACGUACGCAUCUCCACUUGUUGGUUAUAUCCUUGGCAGCUCGGGACUUUUCUUUGUAUCUGUGGCGACUGGGGCAGUGUGCUGAAGCAACCAUCUUGUUAUCGUGGGCAGUCAUUUUUUUUCCCCCACACGGCUGUGUCGCCUCUUUUUUAACACCUGACGUGUGUUUAUGUCGACGUGCCCUUGGAACUUGCGUUCAUCUGGCCUGAACCCACAGCACACCCCUCUCCCGGUGCAUCGGAGACGGAGACGCGCCAAGCAGCAUCCAGUUUCAUCAAUCGCGCGUCCUUCCGAGGAGGGCGAAAAUAUGGCGUCGGCGAGCGACGCUAUGGAUGCGGCAGUGGCAGCGGCCAAUCGCAUCGACGCGGUUGAACAACUCCAAACGCAAAUGUCGGUGCAAUUGACAGGCAUUGCGCAACAACUUCAGCUGUUGCUCGGCGGCGGUGGUGGCGCUGGCGGAGGCGUCGCAGGCGGAGGCGUCGCAGGAGGUGGUGGCGCCGGCGGAGGUGGCGCAGGAGGCAGUGGCGCUGGCGGAGGUGGCGCAGGAGGCGGUGGUGCUGGUGGUGGCGCUGGUGGUGGUGGCGCUCCCCAACGCCGUCGUAUCGACAUCCUGUUUGGAGAAACUGCAUGGAGACGCAUCCCUGGCCCAGCUCCGCUCCUGGCGGAAUCGGUGGAACGAUUUUUGCCACUUGAACCAAAUGAACGCCUACCCGGUGAAUGA